AUGACUUGAAAAUAUAUAUUUUAGAGGGAAAGUUGCCGAUCAUAUCGAAAUGCUUUAUUAUACCAACUUUUUUUGCCAACCUUGUUUUCAACGUUCACAUUUUUUUCCAAAAUAAACAACCACAACUUCAUUCAUUUUUUCAUAGGAAUUUCAGAAUUUUGUGGCUUCUGAAAAUGUCUUCUGUAACUAACCCAGUUUGCAUAUCGUUUCAAAGGCCUCAAAUUUCUUCACUUUUUCAGUCACCCAAAAGAGUUUCAACCAGUCAUGGCUUGUUGAAGUCUCGGACAUUUCAACUUGAGGCUAAAGAUUCAAGCUUGGUGGUUUCUGAGAAGGCCUUGAAAUUAAGACAUAGAAGGUUUCCAGUUAUAGCAGCUUUAGCAGCAGAUGCUAAUGAUAAUAGUGAAAUUGAAGUCACAAAUGGGUCUGUCCAAUCCUCAAAGAGUUUUGGUGACAAAUUUCCUGUAUUGGUUACUGGUUUCUUUUUCUUUAUGUGGUACUUCUUAAAUGUGAUUUUCAACAUACUCAACAAGAAAGUCUACAAUUAUUUUCCAUAUCCAUAUUUUGUUUCUGUUGUACAUCUCCUUGUAGGGGUGGUAUAUUGCUUUGUUUCCUGGGGUUUAGGUCUACCAAAACGUGCACCAAUGAAUAAGGAGCUCUUGUUACUAUUGACUCCAGUUGCAUUGUGUCAUGCCCUUGGUCAUGUUAUGUCCAAUGUAUCAUUUGCUGCUGUAGCUGUGUCUUUUACACACACCAUAAAAGCUCUGGAGCCAUUUUUCAAUGCUUCAGCUUCUCAGUUUAUCUUAGGCCAACAGAUUCCUCUCUCUCUGUGGCUAUCUUUGACCCCUGUUGUUGUAGGUGUAUCAAUGGCAUCACUAACUGAACUAUCUUUCAAUUGGACUGGUUUCGUUAGUGCAAUGAUUUCAAAUAUUGCAUUUACGUACAGAAGUCUAUAUUCUAAGAAAGCAAUGACUGGAAUGGACAGUACGAAUGUAUAUGCAUAUAUUUCAGUAAUUGCUCUCCUCUUUUGUAUCCCUCCAGCAAUACUUAUUGAGGGACCUCAACUCAUGGAGUUUGGAUUUAAAAAUGCUAUUGCUAAAGUAGGUCUGGUGAAGUUUUUGUCUGAUCUUUUCUGGAUUGGAAUGUUUUACCAUCUUUACAAUCAGCUUGCUACUAAUACUUUGGAAAGAGUUGCACCACUAACACAUGCAGUUGGAAAUGUGUUGAAGAGAGUUUUUGUCAUUGGAUUCUCUAUAGUGGUGUUUGGCAAUAAGAUAUCCACACAAACUGGCAUUGGCACUGCUAUUGCAAUUGCAGGUGUUGCCAUCUAUUCUCUGAUAAAAGCAAACAUGGAAGAGCAGAAAAAGAAAGCUGCAGCAGCCCCUGCAUCUUAAAAGAUGUUCUUUCUUCUAUCAGCAAUUUUGGAUCAUACUACAUUGGAAUAAAUUCAAGUGAUAUGAAAAGCUUUUCAGAGAAUAAAAUAUUUAGAAACAUAUUUCAUUGUAUGUGUCUUGAAAAAUGAAAACUUUAAGAAGAUUGGAAGAUGCACAUCAGGGUGAUGAGGCUUAUUUUUGCUUCAUUUUCUUCAUGUUUUGGCAUUUAUUUGUUGUUGUGUAAUUUUUUUACUGGUGGAUCUUAGUUAAUGGGUAUCUGCACAAUUUGAGUGCAGGGUUUAACCAAGCAUAAGUUGCUUAUAACCAAAAUGUAGGGGAAAACUAUUUGGACACAAUGUUAACUGGUUUCUCUUAUAUGCAUAUACUAUUUGUGGCAACUAUUGAUUA